UGCUGUCUAGGAGCCGCGUAGUAGUAAUUACAUAGAGACUUUAAGCUUCUGUGGAGGCGCGGGGCCCAGCAGCCGCUCCCUGGAUGCUUCCUAUUUGUCCCGUGGUUGUCUCCGGCCUUGCGGAACCCGCAGCCCGACCGGCCGGGUUUCCAUGGGGACACUGAUUGUACACGGACGUUGUGGCGCGGCAGUUUAAUUCUCCGGCGGCGGCUGAUUGAGCGGGACGAGAUGGUCUUGACGGGGCUCAUCAGGAAACUCGGUCAUCAGCUGGCCGAGAUCAGGGAACGCGCUCUCAAGAAUAUCCUCUGCAAGGUUGAGCACAACUUACUCUGCUGUGAAGAUCUAGUUCAGGAGAGGCUGCUUUUUCAACGUUUGCUGGAAUGGUUCAAUUUCCCGUCUGUUCCAAUGAAAGAAGAGGUUCUCAGCCUGUUGAGCAGAUUGGUUAAGUAUCCCCCAGCAGUCAAGCAUUUGGUUGACCUUGGUGCAGUUGAAUUCUUAUCUAAACUUCGUUCUAAUGUGGAGCCGAAUCUGCAGGGUGAAAUUGAUGGCAUUCUGGACGGACUUUUUAUUCUUCCUUCAGAUGAUCCUGCCCUAUACUCUGCAUCUUACCAAACCAAACAAACUGAAUUGCCACAACAACCUGAAAUCUUAAUAGGAUAUUUUCCUCAAGACAAAAGUAAUUUCCAGCAGACGGAAGUGUCUCCACGACCAAUGGUAAAUCAGACUGUGAAGUGUUUGAAGUUUUCUACAUUUCCCUGGCUCCCCCUGACUACAACAGAUAGACAUGUUCUCUCUUCUAACGAAAGCUCUUUAAGAAGUAGUAACCACACUUUAAUCUGGAAUACCUGUGAACUAUUGAAGGAUGUUAUCAUGCAAGAUUUUCCUGCUGAAAUUUUUCUUCAAAGGCCAAAAAUUGUUCAGAGCCUUUUAUCUCUGUUGAAACUGGCCUUUGGAGGAGACGGAAAGCAUCGCCUGGCCUUACAGUCCGUGUCCUGUUUGCAGCAGCUGUGCGUGUAUUUAAGAAACAGACUGAACUUUCACCGUGAUCCAGGUUUUUUCUCUAGUAAACAAGAUACAGUUUCCCAAAAUUCUUCUUUGUCUUAUUGUCAUGAAGCUAGAGUUAUUCAUCAUUCCCAGAAUCCUUCUCCAGGAAGCAGUAGCCCCCGGCCUUCUGUGGUUGGACGCACAGGUCAGCGACCCAGGGGAGAUGGUCAGGAUUGGGACGCAGUGUCUUCCAGUGGGAGCGGGAGUCAUGCUCCUGUCAACUCCAGGGUAUCUGUGCCUUCACCUGUGGACGUGGUGCACAUAGACCUGCCGGAGCUGGAGACCGAAGAUGCCCUGGAGCUGCAGUUCCUCCAGCUCAGUCUUCCCCAGUUCUGUGUCUCUGUUCUGGAAUCAGCAGUUCCUCUCUUAAGAACAGGUAGUAGACAAAUGAUAAUAAGAGUUCUGGAAUUGCUUGCAGAGGAUGUGAUACUUAUUGGUGAAGCAAUUUCAGCAGAUAUCUGGGAUGACAGCAGCCUCUUUGCUAUAGAUAUGAAAGAGAAGCUGCUCAUGGUGCUGGCGUCCCUGGGAGAUGCCAUGUGCUACCAUAAAAGUGGUGCCAGUUCAGACCAGCCGGAGGCGGUGCUGGUGCAUCACCGGAUGGCCUUUGUGAGCACUUCUCUGUUCGCGGUCCGAGUCCUGCAGGCGCUUCUCCCUGUUGAAAAGGCAAGCCACUUUUUACCAGAGCCUUUGUCAGCAGCAUUAUUUUUAGUUUCUUUGGACAUGCCUAUUUCUUUGGAAUAUCCAAAUAUUCACGAAGCUGUUGUGGCAUAUUUGGAACAGCUGAAUUCUGAAAACUACAGUAUUUAUAAACGAACUGCGGAGGCUGUUUAUUCAAUCGAAUGUACCUGUAACUUCCUGUCUGAUGUUGGGAAGGAGGGAGAGAAGAAUCUCUUAGAAUUAGUGGAGCUGGCAGACCAAGCCUUGCGAAGCUUUUCCUAUCAUCAGCAUUUCCCCCUAAUAAAGGAAAUCAUCUGCAUGUGUUCAAAGAUCUGGAAAUCUGCACAGGCCAGUCCAUUACUUCAAGGAGAAAGUCAGAAGGUGUUUCUUCGAAUGUUAUCUCACCCAUUACUGCAAGUGAAAGUUGAAACUUACAACUGCUGUUUGGAAAUUAUUAAGGAAUGUUUAGGUGUCCAUAAUGUCACUAAGCCUGUGUCUUCACUUUGUAAUGGAAUUCAUUUUCUACUUCACCCGAAAGUUCUGUAUGAAAUCUCUGCAUUUGGCAUUCAGGAACCCAAAAAUGAGGUGAACGCCGCUGCCAAGGCCAUUCUGAUGUAUCUGCUGCAGGGACGACUGAUGAUGACAGCGGUGACCUGGAGCAAGUUUAUUGAGUCUCUGUGUCCUGUCAUUCCCGUGCUGCAGGGCUACGCGGACACCGAAGAGCCUCUGGGAAAAUGCGUCCUCCUCCUGAGCAGAGCGAGCCCCGAGGCGGACGAGGGGGCUCUUCCCGGCACCGCGCACCUGAGGGCCCUGCUGCGGCUCCUGCUCGUGAAGAAGCCGCCGGUCCGUUCACUAGCAUUAAAGCUUUUAGCGUGCCAUCUUACAAGGGAAGAUGGGGCUCAUGUAAAGCGCCCUUCAAUAGAUGCCAGACUUCUCUCCAGAGUUACUAAUUUAUUUAUCGUGAAGAAACCUAUUGAACUCAAAUUGGAUGACAGAAAAGAACUGAUUAUUAAGUUGGAGACUGUUGAAAAGGUAUAUGAAAUCUUUACCUCAGAUGAUAUCGAUCUUGUCUUGAGAAAGUCAGCCGCAGAACAGUUAGCUGUGAUUAUGCAAGAUAUUAAAAUGCAUGCUGUGGUGAAAAAGUUAUGCUUAAUUGACAAGAUAAUUGAAUAUUUAAAUGAAUGUGUAUGUCAGGAUGGUGAGGUUGUAGAGUGCUUGAUCCAGCCGUGCCUCACGCUUUUGAGGAAGGUUCUUUGUGCCGACCCGGUCAUGCGUGUGGCCCUCUCACAACAGUCUUCUCUCUUAACCCUGUUAUUCAGAGUUUCCCUGAUAUUUCAUGAAGAUCGUACCGUUGUGACUGAAGUCGGAGCAUUAUUUUGUCUUCUCUUGUUUGAUGAAGUAUCAAGAAUGGAUAUGUGGUCUCUUAAUCCUUCUGAUAAACCUUCUUCACCACCAGUCUUCAGUUUGCCUGUUUCAGUUUUUAGAAGGUAUCAUCUACCAGUGCAUGUAGUUGGCCACCAUGCUGUGAGUCCUUACUCCAUAGUUUUGCCAUUAUCUGCUGAUUGUUUGGCCUUGAAGCCGGUCUCAGACAUGCUGAGAAUAGCUUGGAACUUGUCCUGGUAUCAUGGGAGUGAAAAUCUUUUGAAGCAAAUGAAUUCCGAACCUAAAAUCAAAGAGUGUUCAGACACGUUGAAACUAUCCACAGAGGAUACCCUUGCUCUGAAGGUGACGCACACAGCUAGUGGCCUGAGGGACUGUCUCCAUUCCGUGGUCGAGGCUGCAGCCCACAGGGAAGUGAGGGCUGCCAUCACGAGAAUGAGUUUUUAUCUUCUGAAUGACAGAUUGUCUUUAAAGAGCGGCACCGGCCCCUGUGGGCUGACCUUGAAGUCCUUGGCCUGGCACACCACACUGAACAGGUUUCUACAAGUGCUUCCUGCUUGCACUGAAGAUGAGAAACUGCUAAUAGACAUCAUACAUUUUUUAAAUAAGUUAUUGAAGGAACAAAGGAAAAACUCAUCAGUAGAACUUCUAAACUGGCUUCUAGAAUUACUUCUUAGACAUAGUCCAAACCCACUGUUAGACCUGCUGGUUCUGACGGAGUCACAGGCACGAGAGGAAACAGAUGACAUCCGGACUGCUGUCAGGCAACAAGUGCAGAAAGAACUGGUUGCUCUUUUCAAUACCUUGCUGCUCAGUUUCAUGGCAGUUACUGACAGGAAAUGCUUGGAACUUCUUCACGUUUUCCAGACACAGCUGGCUCUGAGACUGCUCCAGAGCCUGAGAGUCACUGAUGCCCCUCACUUCUAUGGCCUGCCUUCCCUCGAGAGGACCUUACGAGGCAUGGCUCACCUCACGGCAUCUCCGGGAUGGAGCUCACACUCUCCUCUCACAAAGCCAUUUGAAAUUUGUGUCAAGUACUUGUCAGGUCUUCUUGAGGUCAUUACUUCUUUUUACGUGGAGCGUGGAGGAAAUGCGAUGUCCUUUAUGGGAAAAGGGGUCACCAAGAGCACAAUUCUUUGUUUGCUUCACUUAUCCCACGAGAUGAUGGCCCAAGCCCAGAGCUCGGAGUGGAUGUCACUCUGGUUCUUGCCUCUGGGGAGUCACAGCGAAGACCAGGCCCCUACUCAGCAAGGAUUGGCAUGGUUGAUUCCAUUAUGGGUUGAUCGAGACCCAGAAGUGAGGUUCACUUCACUGGGAUUAGGAUCGGCACUGACCACCCUUGAAACAGGUUGUGUGGCCUUGGCAAACAGCUGUCAGAACAUUUCUGGUGGGCUCUGGGGGACUGUGGUGAACAUUCUUCUGGACCAGUCGGAAUGCAGUGUGGUGCGCAGGGAGGCUGCAUUUAUUCUUCAGAAUCUCCUUGUAAUUCCAAUGCCUUCAAUAAUUUUAAAGGAUUAUACUUGGCAGGGCCCCUGUGUCCACGAUGAGGAUUCUGGCGUAUCGCUCGUAGGAAAACCUGCCCUUCAGGCUCUUUUAUAUCACUGUCAUUUUUAUGAACAUUUGAAUCAGAUGGUAAAACAUUGUUACCUGGGACGGUAUACUUUUGAUUUGAAAUUUUCUGCUCUUGAUGGAACUUCAGAAGGCAGUGAUUUCAAUGGUUUAGAUGAUUCAUUCAAGUUUUGGAGGGCUCCAUCUAGGUUGUCCGGCCAAGAUCAAGAUCCAAGUUCUCUCUCCACCGUGGAAACAAUGGUGGCAUCUUCAUCGGGAAGCACUGAAUUUCCACCAUUUGGGCCCUCCACAGCGCCUCUCCCUGAAGCCUCACACGACCAGUUUGUGGCUCAAGUAAUCGGUCAGCACGAAACCGAGUCGGCACGGCUUCCUCGCGACGCGUCCCUUCCUGCCGCUCUGCCCAGGCAGCGUGUGGUGACGCCGCCUCUCCUCGCAGCGGUGUGCAGCCUCCUGGAUGGCCUCCUGGCGACUGCGCCGGGAGACACUGCACGCGCUUUUCGGCAGGCCCGUCUCGUGGAGCUUCUCUGUAGCAUCGCAGAUGCCACCCUCCUAGAGAGCUGUGUCCAGGAGCUCAAGGCGCCACUGCCUUUGUCCCCUCCCACUGAGCACACGCAGGCUCAGGUAUCCUCUCUCCUAGAAUACCUGUCGUCUUUGUCCAGGCUUCUGCAGUCAUGUUUACUGGUAGAUCCUGACCUUGUGAUUCAGGAAGAGCUUCUGAAACCUCUUACCACAAACAUCAUCAGGGUCCUCACCAUAUGCAUCAAAGAUGUGUUAGAUGUAGAGUUGGUAUCGGCUUUUUAUCACACAUGGACGCAUUUAUUUAACCUUCUGGCCGGACUCCUGAGGAAAGCCGCUCUUGCCUCUCUCCCGGCUAUGACAGUGGUUCUGGCCAAGCACUGGGCAGCAGUGAUCGAUAUGUUGUGCACUUGUGUGGGUUUGUCUAUAACCUGCCCCACCCUGUGUACUGCCAGCCUGCAGUUCCUUUCUGUCCUCUUGACUGAAGAAGCAAAGAGGUGUCUCCAGGAUAAGGAUAAAACAAAUUUAUGCCACAGUCCAUCAAUCGCUUCACUCCUUGACAAAACUCAGGAAAAUCAGAAAUCUCUAGAACGACUUAAUGAAGUAAUUCUUCAGUGCUAUGAAGGAAAACCCUCCAAGGAUGUCCUGAAAAGAGUUGCUGCAAAUGCAUUGAUGUCACUUCUGGCUGUCAGUAGGAGAGCUCAGACACAUGCUUUGAAAGCUGAUCUAAUAGACAGCUGCAUGGAGCAGAUGAAGCACAUCAGUGCACAGCUGAACCUCGAUUCUCUCAGGCCCGGGAAAGCAGCGCUGAAGAAACAGGAGGACGGUUUUAUUAAAGAGUUGAGCAUUGCCAUGCAGCUCCUAAGAAACUGUCUUUAUCAAAAUGAAGAAUGUAAAGAAGCAGCUCUUGAAGCUCAUCUGGUCCCUGUCUUGCACUCACUCUGGCCUUGGCUUUUGAUGGAUGAUUCAUUGAUGCAAAUUGCCCUGCAGCUACUUUGUGUCUACACCGCAAAUUUUCCAAAUGGUUGCAGUUCUCUUUGUUGGUCAAGUUGUGGGCCAUAUCCAGUUCAAGCUGCCUAUAGAGGAGCGCCUGGCACCUCUCUGAUGGGGUGUAUCCUGAAGUUGGCUUCCCAGAUGCCUCUUGAGAACACUGCGGUUCAGCAGAUGGUUUUUAUGUUUCUUUCGAACCUGGCCUUGUCUCAUGACUGUAAAGGAGUAAUUCAGAAAAGUAACUUCUUACAGAACUUUCUGUCUCUCACAUUGCCAAAAGGAGGAAAUAAACAUCUCAGUAAUCUGACCAUUCUUUGGUUGAAGUUACUCUUGAAUAUCUCACUUGGAGAAGACGGCCAACAAAUGAUCCUGAGGCUGGAUGGCUGUUUGGACUUGCUUACAGAGAUGAGCAAAUACAAGCAUAAGAGCAGCCCGUGUAUACCUCUCCUUAUUUUUCAUAAUAUUUGCUUCAGUCCUGCCAACAAGCCCAAGAUCCUGGCUAAUGAUGCUGCGGUGUCAGUGAAGCCUCUUCAGACCAACCUGCCAACGUGAUAACCCCCACAUCCUCCUUCCUGCCUCCCGUCCUUCUCUCUCUCUCACUCUCUCCUCUCCCUCCCUGUUGACAUUACCACCAGGUGAGAUACUGUAUGUUUUUGGCAUAUAUCUGUUCAUUCCUAGUCUGCCCACACUAGAACAUUAGCUCCUAGGAGGUCAAGAGGUUUCUGUCUUUUUUCUUCACUUGGCAUCUAGAAUUGUGCCUGUCACUGGUGAGCAUUCAGUGAAUAUUCAGUGAUUGAGAGAGCUCUUGAGUAGGCAGGAGAGUUCAGGAUCCAAGACCAAAUGGUGAAGUUAGCCUUACAGAGACCCGAUUCUCUGAGAUGUAGGACAGGUGGAGGUGAGGAUUCAGGAUAGUUUUGAAACAGAAAGAGGGAAAUGGAGAGGUCUGUUUCUGCAGCCAUGUGCUGUUUCUGUGGGUAGAGUGUGACGUUUAUAGGGAGGGAGUUUUAUAAGGAGGCAUCGCAUUGUUUGGGGGAAAUAAAAAGAGGUGGGCUCUAGAAAUCAGUUCAUAAACACACAUGAAGUGCCUGGAACCAUUUAAGGAGCGUAGUGGCUGCUCCAGAUGGGCUAAUUGUGUUUUCCUCUCAUGUUCUGUACUUAGUGUUUUCUUAGAGGUGUUUUCCUGUGACAUGUGGAGUUUCUAAGUGAGUGUCAGUGAUUCUGCUUAUGUUCUCCCGUGUGUGCUGGUGCUUCUCUUUUUCUGAUAAUUAUUGGAUAGCUGGAAAUAUAGGGAAAGAUUUUAGAAGCUCAGUCAGCUUUUAACGUAGUGAGAUGAACUGUGGAUCUGAGCUCUGCUUUUCCAUAACUCCUCUGCGGAUGCUGUGCUGGC